AACGGCCGCGAUCGCACUGUAGGUCGCGACAUGCCCUGAAUUCCAUCGAGAAUACGAACGCGCGAUGAGGUGAUCGGAAGUACCAACGAUGAACGUCAUCUAUCUGGUUCUAGUUAUAUCCUGUAACGUCGUUUUUAGGGUCGAGGCUCUUGACAACGUUACCCUACACAAAGACUUUCAAAUCCUCACCGCCGACAAUGAUCUGUGGGUGCAUCUCGCGAAAAACUGCAGGAAUGCGUCGUACUCUUGCAUCAAAACUAGUGUAUACGAUUACUUGAAGUUUGUGUUAGAAAACCCUGGAGAUGUGCAGUUUACUUCAUUCCUCAAGUUCCCUAGGAACUCAUACGAAUAUACACCAUCGGAUAAUUCUUCGUCACCUGACCUCAAUGAUGAGGAUAAGUACGAAAUGCCUUUGCAAGAGGUCUCUAGAUCCCUUACAAGUGCUACGAAGACUUUCUUCAUGACUCACGAUGUAGAGUUGAGCCUGCCGGGUACAUUUUUUUUAGGAAGUGUGUUAAAAGUAUCGCCGAGGAGUAUGGACUCUAACAGCACGAUUUUAAAGUUAGAGGUUGAUGCUAAAGAGCCUAAUGAUACCGCCGUGGGGGAGGGGAGAAUUUUCUUCAAGAAAAUCCGGGAGUACAUCACCGAGAGGCUGCUGUAUGCACUGAUUGCUCUACUCCUUGUUAUCAAGUUCCUGGCUGUUAAGGUCCUCUUCGUCCUGCCCGCUAUCAUUGGAGCAGCGGCAGCCAAAAAACUUAUUCUGAAGGUGCUGCUGUUCCUGUUCCCUGCUCUUCACCACCUCUUCAAGCUAUGCGCCUACACCCCGUACGGCGCCAAGCAUCAUAUCCACAAGCACCAGAUUGCGCACAUCCACGCGAUUGCUCCACAUCACCACCAUCCGCAUCACCACCAUCACCAUGGGCAUUUAGAGGUGGAGGCUGAGUCACCAGAGUACCACUAUGAUAGAAAAGGAGGACAUCGACCUUCGCAUCUGUAUGAGGGUGAAGUUGAGCCACCUGACGACGAUUAUGGCGAUGGGAUUGUGUCACAUCACCGCAAUGACCAUCACAACCACGGCAACGCCGAGAACGAAAUCGACGGUUGGGGUCAAGGACACUCUUCUUCUGCUGCUUCCACUAAAAAGAAACCGUCGUCGGUUAUGCGGCCUGCGCCGACCGAAAUCGAGAGCAUGCUGCUGAAAGCGGAGAAGGAAGCAAAGAUAAAGGCACGUCUACAGGAGGAGAGAGAACGUCUCCGCAAAGAGAACCUCCGUAUCCAGGAGCAGCUGAAUAAGGAAUUGAAGCUGCAAGCGAAGCUAAAACACCACAUGUACAAGCAUAAGCCCCCACCCAAAUAUCCGUACAUCUCCAAAACACACAUUGUACCACCACCAUCUGGGCUCCAACCUCCCAGGAUUCUGACAACCUUAGCGGAUCCCCCAAGGGUGCAGUCUUCACAUGGAGAACCCCCACCGUCCUUCGAAGAGCCUCCAAAACUGCCAGUACCCUUCACUGAACUACCCGUAAAGGCCGCAGGUGCAUUUGCAGAGCCUCCAGCAGGUGCUGCCGCUUCAUUUGCUGAACCACCAGAUGGUUACCAAGUGGAGGAAGGGGAGGGUUUGGUCAGUGUAGGGGUUGUAAAUACGGCUGGGCUCAAUCCAGAUCUACAAGCGACUAGGGUAGCUCAAGCAAUAAUGAAGCUGAAGCAGCAAGCAAUUUCUCAACCUCAAAUCGCUCUCAACUAUCCCUCAAGCAACGAACUGCAACCUCAAUUGCCUCAAUAUACCCAGGCCGUCAUACCUCAACACGUGUCUCCCCAACAGACACCUAUAGACAGAAAGAACUUCGACGUUGCUGCGGUUAGUUCCAUUGGAAACCAGCUGGAAACCAAGAAGGUUGAGGUUGGGAAACCUACGGCAAGGCCCUUAGAGCAAGCCAUCUACCAAGCGGCCUCUAUAACCUAUGAUCCCUUCUAUAGUCCGAUAUUGGAACAGAUCGACAAGAUUUUGGGUGAGCUGCAGUUUACAGAGGAAUCUUGCAAGGAGAGGCUCAUCUGCAGUAUGUAUAAGUGGCCGCAGAAGUUUAGUCCACAUAGUAAUCUGGUUUCAGCUGAACUUAGUAGGGAUCCAAACGAACUAAAAAAACCAAAGUCGACGAAUGCAGCUGUGAUACGAUUCUACAAAUACCUUCAGGCGGCGAGAGAUGGUCAGAACCAAAAGGAUUGCUUGAAACUCUACCCAGCAUGCUCCAUAAAUACAGAACUUUAAAGCAGAGAGCACUUACACGAAAAAAUUCUCAGUUGGCGGACUGUAAAUGCGGA